UCCUCAGUUUUCUAUUCACAUCAGUCUCAUAAUACCCACCCUGACCUGCUGUAAAAGAUCUGGAACACACAAAAAUGGUUACACCUACAGUAAAGAUGCACAUCACGUCCUCCUCGAAUCUCUUCUACUUGGCCCUGUGCUUGCUCACCUUCACCAGCUCUGCCACGGCUGGACCCGAGACCCUCUGCGGGGCUGAGUUGGUGGACGCUCUUCAGUUCGUGUGUGGAGACAGGGGCUUUUAUUUCAACAAGCCCACGGGGUAUGGCUCAAGCAGUCGGAGGGCGCCUCAGACAGGAAUCGUGGAUGAGUGCUGCUUCCGGAGCUGUGAUCUGAGGAGGCUGGAGAUGUACUGCGCGCCUCUCAAGCCUGCCAAGUCAGCCCGCUCCGUCCGUGCCCAGCGCCACACCGACAUGCCCAAGGCUCAGAAGUAUCAGCCCCCAUCUACCAACAAGAAAACGAAGUCUCAGAGGAGAAGGAAAGGUGGGCCAAAGAAACACCCAGGAGGGGAACAGAAGGAGGGGACAGAAGCAAGUCAGCCGAUGAAAGGAAAGAAGAAAGAGCAGAGGAGGGAGACUGGAGCUAGAAACUGAACACAGACAAGAAAGGAAAACGGAGGAGAGAAGGACUAAGACAGAGGCAAGGAGGAUGAGAGAGAAGCAGACAGCAAGAAAGAAAAGUGGGAGAAUCUAUAGAGGAAAUGAAGAAAAGUAGGCCGGAGCUAGAGAACGCAUGUGACAGAAGGAGGAGAAGUGACCUGUUGUAGGUGGUUGCAAAUAAAGGUGGAGAAAUGGAAAAGGAAAAUGUAAUGCCCAAGAAAGACAGUGGCAAGAAUGAAAAAAGAACAAAAAUUAUGAAAGAGGCAAAUAAAACAUUAAUCCCCUCCCCACCAAAAAAAAAAAAAAAAAAGUAAAAGAAUUAAAAUAAAAAUCAGGCUUUUAUGUGCAUUUUAAAUUUUUGUGUGAAUUAUAUAAGAAUUCUCAUGUCAAUACAUAUCCAGAGUUAAAUAUUAGCCCCAAAUUCUCAGCAAGACUGAAUUGUGUCAUAAAAGUUCCCAGAUUUCCUUUCCUACAGUGUCAUUGGAGGCUGCAUUUCUUAGUCAAGCUUGGGCCAAAGGGCACCCAGUAUUUGCCUAAAGGCCCAUGAGGCCUGAGAGCUUACCUAUGAGAGGAGGUUACUGAACUUUUUUGUGUGUGAACUUUGGAAUCAGAUAUAAAAGAUGUAUUAGUGUGCUAGGGCUGCCACAAUGAAGUGCCACAGACUAGGUGGAUUACACAACAGAAGUUUAUUUUCACACAUUUCUGGAGGCUGGAAGUCCAAGAUCAAGGUCAGUUGGCAGGAUCCGUUCCUUCUGGGAGUUGAGAGGGAAGGAUCUGUUUCAGGUCUCUCUCCUUGGCUUGGAAAGGAAAGGUCUCUUUUUUUUUUCCCUGUGUUUUCACAUUGUCUUCCCUCUAUACCAAGCUCUGUGCCCAGAUUUCCUCUUCUUAUAAGGACACUGGUUGUAUUGGAUUAGGACCCAUCAUAAUGAUUUUCACUUAAAUAUCUGUGUAAAGACCCCAUCUCCAAAUACAGUCACAUUUUGAGGGGUUAGGACUUCAACAUAUGAAUUUGGUGGGGGACACAAUUCAGCCGCAAACCAAAGACUCAAAGACUUCUGAUGUCUGACCACUGCCUUGUGAUUCUAUCACCUAUAAAACUCCCUCUCUCUCUCUCUCUCUCUGUCUUUCUCUGUCACACACACACACACACACACACACACACACACA